CGUCUCUGGAAAAUUCUACUUCCUCUGGGCUUAAACCCUAAUAAACACGCGCGAGCUCUUAAUUUCUUUUUUUCUGCAUCUCUACGGAAUCAUUAAAAUUGAAAACAGAGAGAGAUAGCAAUGGUGUUUGGGCAAGUGGUGAUUGGACCUCCUGGAUCAGGAAAGACCACUUACUGCAAUGGCAUGUCUCAGUUCCUUACACUCGUUGGAAGUCAUGCAAAAUCAGGUCUUGUUUACUGUAUGGAUUAUUUGGAAAAGAAUAUUGACUGGUUGCAAUCGAAGUUGGAGCCUCUUUUGAAAGAUCACUAUCUUCUCUUUGAUUUUCCUGGCCAGGUGGAGUUGUUUUUCCUUCAUUCUAAUGCAAAGAACGUUAUCAUGAAACUCAUAAAGACACUGAAUCUUAGGUUGACUGCUGUGCAUUUAGUUGAUGCACACCUCUGUAGUGAUCCGGGGAAGUAUAUCAGUGCAUUGCUUCUGUCACUAUCUACUAUGCUGCACCUGGAACUCCCACAUGUUAAUGUCUUGUCAAAAAUUGAUCUGAUUGAAAGCUAUGGAAAGCUUGCUUUCAAUCUUGAUUUCUACACUGAUGUCCAAGAUUUGUCUUAUUUACUGCACCAUCUUGAUCAGGAUCCUCGUUCUGCAAAAUACAGAAAACUCACAAGGGAGCUGUGUGAGGUGAUUGAAGAUUACAGUCUCGUCAAUUUUACAACCUUAGAUAUUCAGAAUAAAGAAAGUGUUGGGAAUCUUGUAAAGCUGAUUGACAAGACCAAUGGGUACAUAUUUGCUGGCAUUGAAGCCAGUGCAGUUGAAUUCAGCAAGAUCGCAGUUCGCCAAGUUGAUUGGGAUUAUUACAGAGCAGCAGCAGUGCAAGAGAAGUACAUGAAGGAUGACGAAAGUUUUGGUGACUGAUAAGCCGUCAUGAUGAGUAUUUGGUUUCUUGUAUAAUCUUGUUCACGUUGAUUGAAUAUGAAUUUGCUAAGUUUAUGCUAAGUUAUCGCCCCUUGUUUCUGGUGGCUGUUGACUCUCUAUUAUUACCAGGUUCCAAGGUUUUAACUCUCCGGUAAGAUAGCAAGCUCUUUGCCAGUGAAAGCCCAAAGAACAUGAAAUGUCGAGAUGUAUAUAGCAGAAGAGUGAAUUCAUGUGAGUUAAUACAUUUGUUUAAUAUAUUCAUAUUAUUUUUUUUUAAAAUGUAUUUCUUAAAUAUAAAUUUUGGUUUAUCCCGAGUAUGACACUGAGCUGAAGGAAAGAGAACAGAAUUUUAUGGAGUUAAUGAACCUUUUAUUACUUUUUCUUGUAA